AUGCUACCAAUAAACUUUGCAGAGAUUCAUCCGGUAAAGCCAGACGACUUUGUUCUUGACAAGACGCUGUGCACCGAGGAAAGCCGGAGGCCGAAGAUUCUCCAAGAGUACUCCAAGGAAGAGAAAAUGUGCAUCCUAAGGAAGCGGAUACUCGCCAUCGCAAGCAGAAAGGGAGGAUGGCCCCAGAAGAAGACGGUAAGAAAGGAGUCUGAGUCGAUGUGGGACGUGGACCUAGCAAGGGCAGACCAGGGGCAUUUCGACCAGAGAGGAAACUUUGUCCUCGGAGCCCCGCAGAACCCCUCCUUCUCGUGGCUUGUGAAAAGAGGCGGCUGCAUCCACGGCCCAUUUACCGACCGAGAGAUGAGGUCGAAAGUCAACGGUGGAGAGUUGGAAGAUGCAGAGGUCAGAAGAGAUAUAGACAAGGGAUUUGUACCGUACAGCAGCCUUGUCAACGAUCUUGGAGACUUUCUUUCGUCUGAGAAGCUCGACAAAUACUUUGAGGAGAAUGCCAUCACCAAGAAGCCUCCACAGAAGCCCCAGGAGUUCUUCGAGGAUCUUUCCUCAUUAUCUCUGAAGAAACAUCCGAGCAGAGAUCUUGAUCGCUCGAAGGUUCUUGAGACCUGCGUCAAGUCAAGAAGCUUUCUCCACUCCAGAAAUCCAUCGGUGGCCCUUAGCUACAUGGAGAGGAGGAUCUCUGGAAAAUCGUUUUCAGAUGCGGCCAAGAUCAUUUCCAAUGUUGCAGGAUUCAGCAAGGCCGAGUCCGAGGAGUUUCUGAACCUACUCCUUGACGAGUCGAAACUAUCAAUUCUCUCCGACAUCUGCCCCGACGGCUUUGUAAAAGUCACGUCUGUAACAAAAAAGGGCGCCAGAAGGUGA